UUGUGAUUUGUGAACGUGACGGCUGCGGUAGCGCUUGCUCAGCAGUUGUCGCGGUAGUUCGGGCUGUUUCCCUGUAAUUUCGAAGGUUCUCGGUUCGAAUCCGCCUCCUGCUGUGGACUCCUAACCCAACGCGGUGCCCUGACUGAAUUGCCUGGUCCAAGGACUGCUCUAGCUGCCCGGCCUAUAGAGGGACCCCCACUGGGACAGGCUGUGGGGCACAGAUGCAGCCCCCACCGCGGCUCUUCACUGUCAAUGCCUGUGCCUGGGUCAGCAGUCUCUGCCGCCUUGGACAUUUGGGGGCGAGUGAAUCGCUGGAGGUUCCAGAAACCAUGUCUGUCAGUGUCCAUGAGAACCGCAAGUCCCGCACCAGCACAGGGUCCAUGAACAUCUCGCUGUUCCACAAGCCUUCCCACCCCGACAGUGUACUCACUCACCUCAACACCCUUCGCAAGCAGUGCAUGUUCACAGAUGUGACACUGUGGGCCGGAGAGCGCUCCUUCCCCUGCCACCGCGCUGUGCUGGCUGCCUGCAGCCGCUACUUUGAGGCCAUGUUCAGCGGGGGCCUGCGUGAGAGUAUGGACGAUGAGGUCAACUUCCACGACUCUGUGCACCCUGAAGUACUGGAACUGCUGUUGGACUUUGCCUACUCCUCACGUCUGGUUAUCAAUGAGGAGAAUGCCGAGUCGUUGCUAGAGGCCGGCGAUAUGCUACAGUUCCACGAUAUCCGUGAUGCUGCUGCUGAGUUUCUGGAGCACAACCUGCACCCGUCCAACUGCCUGGGCAUGAUGCUGCUCUCAGAUGCUCACCAGUGUAAACACCUCUAUGAACUCUCCUGGCGCAUGUGCCUAGUGCACUUUGAGGCUGUGCGGGACUCGGAGGACUUCCACAGCCUCUCCAAGGACAAGCUUCUGGACCUCAUUCUCAGCGAUGAGCUAGAGAUUGAGGAUGAGCAGGUGGUGUUCCAUGCUGUGAUGCGCUGGGUGCACUAUGAUCUGGAGGGCCGGAGGGAACACCUUCCUGAGCUUCUGAAGGGGAUUCGCUUGGCACUGCUACCCUCAGAGUGCUUGAUUGAGGCUGUGGCCUGUGAGGAACUGGUCAUGUCAGAUAAGCGUAGUCGACAGAUCGUGGAGGAGGCCAUACAGUGCAAGAAGAAGAUCCUGCAGAAUGACGGAGUUGUCACCAGCCCCUGUGCCCGUCCACGAAAAGCUGGCCACACGCUGCUCAUUCUAGGAGGCCAGACGUUCAUGUGUGACAAAAUCUAUCAAGUGGACCACAAGGCCAAGGAAAUCAUACCCAAGUCAGACCUACCUAGUCCCAGGAAGGAGUUCAGUGCCUGUGCCAUUGGGUGCAAGGUUUAUGUGACUGGGGGCAGGGGAUCUGAGAAUGGGGUCUCAAAGGAUGUUUGGAUAUAUGACACGGUCCACGAAGAGUGGUCCAAAGGCGCACCAAUGCUGAUUGCACGCUUCGGCCAUGGCUCUGCAGAGUUGGAGAACUGUCUGUAUGUUGUGGGGGGACACACAGCCAUUGCAGGUGUAUUUCCCGCUUCUCCAUCUGUGUCCCUCAAGCAGGUGGAGCGCUAUGACCCCCUGACCAACAAGUGGACCAUGAUGGCCCCACUAAGGGACGGCGUCAGCAACGCAGCUGUAGUAAGUGCGAGACUGAAGCUAUUUGUCUUUGGAGGCACCACCAUCCACAGGGACAAAGCAUCCAAAGUGCAGUGCUACGAGCCAGCAGAGAACCGCUGGGUCGUUGCAGCUGAGUGUCCACAGCCCUGGCGGUACACAGCCGCUGCUGUCCUGGGCAGCCAGAUCUUCAUCAUGGGUGGUGACACAGAGUUCACUGCUGCCUCUGCCUACCGCUUUGACUGCGACAACAACCAGUGGACACGCAUAGGUGACAUGACAUCGAAGCGCAUGAGUUGCCAUGCUGUGGCAUCAGGCAACAAGCUCUAUGUAGUUGGUGGCUACUUUGGAACCCAGAGAUGCAAGACCUUAGAUUGUUACGAUCCUACCUCGGAUAGUUGGAAUAGUAUCACCACUGUGCCUUACUCUCUCAUUCCCACUGCAUUUGUUAGCACCUGGAAACACUUGCCAGCUUAACACCACCUCAGUGGUUCAGGAGUGGUUGAUUAAAAUGAUACCGUAUUUCCCUCCACCACCAUGAUCAGUAGAGGGACUUCACUUCCAGCUCUGGUCUGCUGUAGGCAUCCAGGACCCGAGUUCUUCUGGGAUUGGCCAGAGCUGCUUCGAGUGCUGCCUGGCAGUUGCUUCCCCCCCCUCCCAGACCCAAACAGACCCGAGCCAUGCCAGGCCUGAUGGGAGCCAAGCCUUGGGGUAGUAGCCAGAUUGGGACCAGUACUCUAGCAUCGCACAGCCCAACCCUAUACCUUUGCUUCCUGCUGGAGUGUCAGUUGCCAUGGGGAUGGACUUCACAGAACAUUGCUUUGUUGCAGCUUUUUUCCCUGAGCUCCCACAACGUAUCUUCCUGCUGAGGAGUCUAACAGGAAACGACGGAACUGAAGCCAGAUUUCGGGUUCUUGUUCUGUUGCUUCAUUUCAGUCUUGAUUUUUAAUCAUUACACCUGCACAGGGUUCUUACAGUUCAGAGGCCCCCAUGAUCUACAGCAGUUGCUUUAUGAAACAUGGGACAACUGCAUACAGACAUGGCCUGGCCCAGAAAAUGAUGUUUAAUGGGAAAUGCAAAAAAGUCAAGGAAAAAGUUUUUUUAAACAGAAUGACUUUUCAGUCAGUAGUAAAUGGGGUGAUAUCCAUAAAGCAUUUGACUUUUUACAUCAUGUUUUACUUAAACCAAUGGUCAUUAUUAGCAAUGCGGAUUGUGGAGCAUCUGAAAUUCGCAAACAUAAGCAAUCUGGACCAAAUUCAUAGUUGCUCCUCAGCACAAAUCUACUGUAGAAUUUUAGUCAUUGACUUCAAUAUUAAUAUGCAUAUUUUGCAAUUAAUAUAUACAUCUAUUACAUAUGUAUGAUUUGCACAUGGCACUGUAUUGCUUGACAUUGGUCAACGGGGUACUGCUGAAGCUUUGUUACUGCAGAUUUUUCAGAAUCUGAUUUUUUGAACAAACUAUUUGAAUAAGGACUUGCUCUCAAGUGUUGAAUUUUUGUGACCUUCAGGCUUUGCAAAAGUUUUUAAGAGCCUGAAUUUUUUUUAGGAAAAAAAAAUUUACUGAAGCUUUUGUUGAAAUGAAUUGUAACAUAGGUAUUUUGUGUGUGCCAAUGGGAUGGAAGCAUUGGGGGGGAUCUGAAACAUGAUUGGCUUAAUCAUGGAUUGAAUUCUGUGCUUAAUAUUUGUUAGUGCUGAAAAUUUUCAUUGUUGAAUUAACUAGAGAGAUUCAUUUCCUAUAAAUUCAGUUCCGCAUGGUAAGGAUGGCAUAUGUGAACAAGUACAACUUUGCUUCUGUUUGCAUCUUACCUCUCAUACCAAUGCACCUUUGUGCUUUGAAGUAAAAAAUAAAGAACAAGCCUUUUGUUUAAGAUAUCAUCUAAGAUGAGUCCUACCUGACUUCAUGCAACUACAGAUUUCAACAGCUACUAACUUUCGAUCGUCCUCAGAUGCCCAUCUAACAUAAGGAAUGUCUUAGUCUUCCUAACCUUAUAAAGUAAUGCUUUCCCUAAAACACCUUUCUAAGGUGAAUUGUCAUAACUUGCAAUGGAAGUCAAAAGUUUAGUGCAUUCUGAGCUCCAAAAUUGACACCCACUUAGGCUCAUACAUUGCAAAAUCCUGUUAAAAUUGACUGUUUCAAUAUUUAACAGAUGAGACAAG